GUUCUGCGAGGUGGCCGUGGCCAACGGCAUGGACAUCUUCCGCGUCUUCGACGCCCUCAACUACGUGCCCAACCUGCUGCUGGGCGUGGAGGCCGCGGGCAACGCCGGCGCCGUGGUGGAGGCCGCGCUCUCCUACACCGGCGACGUGGCCGACCCCACGCGCACCAAGUACAGCCUGGACUACUACCUGGGGCUGGCCCGGGAGCUGGUGGCAGCGGGGACACACGUGCUCUGCAUCAAGGACAUGGCGGGGCUGCUGACCCCCGCGGCCGCCCGGCUGCUGGUGGGGGCCCUGCGGGAGCAGCACCCCGAGGUGCCCCUGCACGUGCACACCCACGACACGGCCGGCGCCGGCGUGGCCUCCAUGCUGGCGGCCGCCCAGGCCGGCGCCGACGUGGUGGACGUGGCCGUGGACGCCAUGUCCGGCAUGACCUCCCAGCCCAGCAUGGGCGCCGUGGUGGCCUGCGCGCGGGGGACGCCCCUGGACACAGGCAUCGACCUGGAGCGCGUCUUCGAGUACAGCGAGUACUGGGAGGCGGCGCGGGGCCUCUACGCCGCCUUCGACUGCACGGCCACCAUGAAGUCGGGCAACGCCGACGUCUACGAGAACGAGAUCCCGGGCGGGCAGUACACCAACCUGCACUUCCAGGCCCACGCCAUGGGGCUGGGACACAAGUUCAAGGAGGUCAAGAAGGCCUACACCGAGGCCAACAAGCUGCUCGGGGACCUCAUCAAGGUGACGCCCACCUCGAAGGUGGUGGGGGACCUGGCGCAGUUCAUGGUGCAGAACGGGCUCUCGCGGGAGGAGGCCGAGGCGCGGGCGGACGAGCUCUCCUUCCCCCUGAGCGUGGUGGAGUUCCUGCAGGGACACAUCGGGGUCCCCCCGGGGGGCUUCCCCGAGCCCUUCCGCUCCCGGGUGCUGAAGGAGCUGCCGCGGGUCGAGGGGCGCCCGGGGGCGUCGCUGCCCCCCCUGGACUUCGAGGCGCUGAGCCGGGAGCUGGGGGCGCGGCACGGGGCCCCCCCCAGCCCCGAGGACCUGCUCUCGGCCGCGCUCUACCCCAAGGUCUACGACGAGUUCCGCACCUUCAGCAGCACCUUCGGGCCCGUGGCCUGCCUGGGCACCCGCCUCUUCCUCGGGGAUUUGGGGGAGAUGCACGUGCACCCCAAGGCCGAGAAGGGGGCCAAGGGCCAGGUGGGGGCCCCGAUGCCGGGGGAGGUGGUCGAGGUCCGGGUCAAGGAGGGGGCGACGGUGGCCAAGGGGGACCCGCUGUGCGUCCUGAGCGCCAUGAAGAUGGAGACCGUGGUGACGGCGCCCGUGGGGGGCAAAGUCACCAAGGUCCACGUGCGCCCCGGGCUCAGCCUCGAGGGCGAGGACCUCAUCGUCGUCAUCGAGUAGAUUUUGGGGGGGGUUCCCCCCAAAAAAAUCCCCCCCAAAGUAACCCCGAAACUCCCCCCCGGAAACGACCUCGCAGAAAUGGGGCGUGGCCCCUUUAAGAGCCCCCCCCAUGGGUGGCGCCCCCUGGUGGGGGCUGGGCGGUACAACAAGGCCUUAAUUAGGGGGGCGUGUCUUAAUUGGGGGGGGCCACAUCUUAAUUAGGAGGUGCCCCGUGAAGGGGGGGUCCCGCUUUGGGGGAACACCUCAUUUUGGGGGGG